AUGGCUACCCUUUUUAAACCACGAAACAUCACCAGAAACGUGCCUCACAAAUUGUGCCAUUCACUGGGUCUGCAGAUCCAAAACCUGAUCUUGUCUUCAUGUGGUAUCAAAAUCGUUUCCAUUUCUGCCAGGCAGAUCUGCGAAUCUCCAAUCCCCAUCGCCCCAUCGCAUCGCCAGGCGCAUCUUCCCUCCACCCUGGAGUCGGACGCUGAGCUGGCGGCCGCCCUGGCCGGAACGGCCGGAACGGCGGAUGGGGAGGCGUUCCAAGUGCGACGUAUCGAGUUUCUGGGGCAGGAGGUGCCUGUGCUGCUGCAAAAUCGCAACGGUCCUUGCGCUCUCUUGGCCAUUGCCAAUGGGCUCUUGCUGCGAGGUUCUUGGAACAUCGGAGAGAUGGAGAGCAGCAUCAGCAGUCGAGACUUGGUCAGUCGCCUGUCGUACUUGUGUGAAGAGCUCAAUCUGCAAGCCAUGCAGGACGACUUUACUCUGGCACAACGUGUGCGUGAAGUCGUCAGCACUAUGCCAAAGCUUUUGGAUGGGUUGCUUGUAAACUGCGAUUUUGGCUCUUGCAGCAGCUUCCAAGAGUGCUCCAGCACUUUGGUCGGUACUGGACUCUUCAAACUCUUCAAGUUACAACUUCACCAUGUGUGGGUGGAUCCAGAGGUGCACAAAGUUGUACCCACGUGGAAUGAUUUACAGGACCUUCUGGCCAAAGCAGCCGAAGUCCAAAGCCUACGUUCGGAAAAGGAGCUUUCCCAAAAUGAUGAGGAACUCCUCACAAAGGCUGCCUUGAUGCAGGAGUGGUGGGAGGCGAAUCGCGCCCAAAGCACCGAGAGAGGCAUCAAGGAGCUGCAACGACAGGUGCAAACGGGCGAGGUCUGCGUGCUCUUUCGGAACAACCAUUUCUGCACCGUCUAUCGCCCGGGAGCUAAUUCCCCCUGCCCGCAUCUCUGCACGCUCCUCACGGACGAAUGCUUUCAAGGCUCUGCUUCACCCGUUUGGGAGACGUUGACCGUGGAAGAAAGUCAGUUCCUGGACUCCUUCUUUUGCCCGAUGGAGGACCUGCCCCCCACCACUGCCGGCAUCGCCGCGGCCGCCGGCUAUGCCGACGGCGCACACGUCAACGGCCGUGCGGCACCCCUGGCGCCGGUGACCAUCGGCGCGGCGGAGCCCAGGGAAGAAGCAGCGAGGACCGGCGGCGAAGCACCGCCUGCCACGACAGCUGCAACGGAGACCCAGACACGCUCCAAGGGGAUUUACAAUUGCAGGUGUGGAAAAAACUUCGCCACGCGCAAUGCACUUUUCUGUCACCACCUCGCCAAGAGCCACUAGCGUCGCCAGUGAAGACGGAACUGCCUUUUGGGAACGGGGGACGGGACAAGUGGUGAGUGAAGAU